AUGAAGUUAUAUGUGAUAUUAUUUACUCUUAUUCUUUUGAUUAGUUUUUGUACAUCUACUGAUCAACUUCUUGCUCGUAGAUCUCUUCAAGACUAUGUUGAUCAUUUUGUUGAUACUGGUAAAAUUCAAUUUCGUGGUGGAACAUUAAAGCUUAAUGAUACAGUUAUCCGUCAAAUUUGGUCUUUUUUUAAAGCAAAAUAUCACCGUCUUUAUUCAUCAAAUGGAGAAGAAGGAGAACGUCUUCGUAUAUUUGUAAAACAUCUUAAAUAUGUAUUGAAAUCAAAUUUUGAAAAAUCGCAUACAUAUCAAUUAGGAUUAAAUCAAUUUUCUGAUUGGACAUUAGCCGAAUUUGAUGCAUUAAAAAAAGGUUUAAAAGUUCCACUUCGUUUACGACGAAAUAUAAUGGAUGAUGAAUCAGAUGAAGGCGCAUUACAACGUAGUUUAACAAGACUUUAUCAACGUCAUGAUGAUUCAAGAAGAUUAAAACAAAAUUUACAAAAACGUCGAUAUAAAGAUAGACGAUUCUCUGAUGACUGGUUUGACAAACUUUUGAAUCAAGAGCGAGAUAACAAUGAUACUAAUCCACUACCUAAUGUAUUUGAUUGGCGAACAAAAAAUGUUGUAAGCCCUAUUAAAAAUCAAGGUAGAUGUGGAUCUUGUUAUGCAUUUGCUUCAGUUGCGGUUCUGGAAACAGUUUAUGCUAUAAAAACAAAUGCUGAAAAAGUUACUGAAUUCAGUCCACAACAGAUAGUUGAUUGUUCAAGUGAAGAGUAUGAUAAUAGUGGUUGUUUUGGUGGUCUUUUUCAACCAACAAUGAACUAUCUCAUCGGAAAAGGUGGUAAAAUAGCUACAGAUACUUCUUAUCCGUAUAUAGGAAAACAAGAUUCAUGUCGAACAGAUGGUAUUAAUGAAAUUGAUCUUGGUCAAGUUGAAUAUGUAGAUAUUCCUGUAGGAGAUGAAAAACAAAUGGCUGAAGCACUUAUUAAGAAUGGACCAAUAUUUAUUGGACUUGAUGCUGAUUCUGAACUUUUUAUGUUUUACCAAAGUGGUAUACUUAAAAUAGAUAGUUGUCCAAAUGGUCGAUAUGAUAUGGAUCAUGCUAUGGUUGUGGUAGGUUAUGCCUAUGAUGAAGAACUUAAACUCCCUUAUUGGAUAAUAAAAAACUCGUGGGGAACAGGAUGGGGUGAAAGUGGUUAUUUACGUUUAGUUAAAGAUGCUGACAAUAUGUGUGGUAUUGCUACAAUGGCAUCUUACGCUAAACUAACAUAA